AUGAACUGGAAUAAGUGGGACGACGUCGUGGUGGUACCAACGACAUCGCAGAGUGCUUCUUCAAGCAGCAAUCCAUAAACCAGCCUCUAAGUCAAACCCAUGAACCAGAAUAUGGACUGAGUCGAACCAGUCGACUUGUUCUUCAUUCUUCAGACCUACCAUGUCAUCAAUUAAAGGUAGUAGGAAAGCAGGGUGGAGAGCUUUACCUGCUCCUGGGUUAGGGGAUGCUCUUUCCAACCCAUCACCGCAACACGUUUCUCAACCCAUCUAUAAGAUCCACAAGGCUUUCAUCAGAAGCAUCUGAGCAAAAACCAUAUGAAAAUGAGCGACUAAAAACAAAACUGAGAGUCAUAGGUGGAAAACGUAUGAAUCAUGCAUGUUUUACUAAACCGGAAAACUGGUGAAGAGAAACUCAACUAAAAUCGACAACGAAAAAUGAAGCUGAAAGUUACGACUGGCUCCUUCCUUGUUCUCCUUCACCAUGGGUGUCACCGAAGACAGGCUGAAACCCAAAAGAAAAAAAUAAAGAAAGGGUCGGGAAUUUCCAAGCCAUCGCCACAAAAAUUCACCAUCUUUGUACCACCAAACCACUGAUGUUGCUCCCACAAAGUAUUGAAAUGCAAAAAAGGGAAAAGAGGUUCAACCCAAUCGCACGAUUUUCCCCCCUUUCUCAGUUAUGGCAUCGAUGCCGCGUAACCCAAACACCUGUAACGUUGAUUUGCUAUCUUCGACGAAUGAUGGUCGCGAUGAUCUGAAGCAGAUCCGAUACUCUUGUAGGGAAGAACGUCGACGAACCCAAACCCCGCUCAGGCUCCCCUAUUUCCCUCUCUCGAUUGGCACUGCCUCUGUUAAAGAAGAAGAUGGUAGUCACCCUUGGCCGCCUCUAUCAAUUCUUCGAUUCAACGGAGAAGAGAAGAAGACCAGUCGUCCGCGCCUAGACGGCCUUUCCUUUCUCUCUCUGCUUCUUCUUUUUCCGAUACAGAGCAAGAGAUAGGGAGAGAGACAUGAAAGUGAUCAGAAACCCUGAAUACUGAGAAUCAAAAGCAAAAAAGAGAUGAGAAACCGGCUUCGCAUCCAUACCUGAUCAAGAUCAGCAGCUCAUUUUCCUUCCUGCUCCAUCGCCCUCUGUUGCAGCAACACCUCAACCGCCGCCGCCGCCGCCACCUCCAAGAGCCACCUCCAACCCUUCCCCCAUUCAACGCAGAAAGCAAAACCGAAAACCAUCGCCACCAGCCCACCACCCUCUCCCUACCGAACGGAUGCCUCGCCGUCGUGCCUUAGCUAGAACCCCGUCGAGGCGACCUCCCGCAACCGCCUCUCACGUCAUCAUCAGUUAUAGCAUCGAUGCCGCGUAACCCAAACACCUGUAACGUUGAUUUUGCUAUCUUCGACGAAUGAUGGUGGCGACGAUCCAGGCUUUCCCCAACCUCUUCACCACGGAGAUCGGUCGCUGCACUCCAAACGCGAUCUCCCCAGUCCCAGCAGAAGCGGGCCGUCACUGCUUUCCGCCGUUGACCACCAAAGCGUCCGGCCCUCUUCCCAUGAACUCAGCAACAGCCGGCCGUCAGCGCCUUCCUCUGCUGAACACGAAACCGUGACGCCCUCUUACCAGAAUAUUCCGAUGGAAACUGAUUCUCCUCCUGUCCUGCGGGUAGGCGAAAGGAUAACCUGGGAACCCAGUAGAAAAGGUGGGCUUAUUUCAACCAAACGAAAACUAAAUGAAAACUAUAUGAUAACGUGGGAAAUCAGGAGAAAAGGUGGGGUAGUGGACGGUUUCUUAGUUCUGCAAUCUGGCGGGGAGUUUUAUUUUUUUCCCGCUUAACACCCUGCCACAUCAGCUUCCUAAAAUCACUCUAUGAGCAGGAAAAUUUGAAUUGGAGGUGCAGUUUACUUUUCAGCUAUAAAUAAUACUAUUGAUUUCUUCUCUUUCCUUUUGUUGUUUCUUCAAUUAAUAAAUUUUGUUUUAGCUUACCUUUCACCAUGGACAUUGAUCAAGUAGAUCGAAUCCUACAGCUACUAGCCAAGCAUAUUAAUUGGAAUAAUUUUGGACAAAGCUAUAGCAUAUUCAUAUGCUUAAGUGAUUGUUAGAAAAACAGCUAAGAGCAAUGUAAUUAAAUUAAGAUAACCAUUUUAUUGUUCUUUUCUGGCUUCUUUUAGUUUACAACUAAUAAAAUAUCAAUUAGUUGAGGCUGAUAAGAUUUUUGUCCUCUAAGCUACCAUCAUUAAGAACCACUAAUUUGAACACUCAACUUUUACUAUAUAAUAAUAAUUAAUAAUAAUGAUUUCCUGGUGUGGUUUGCUUUGCUUGAGAACAACACAUGCCAUGGAUUCCCAAUCAUAUUGCCUCCCAAUAAACAAUAUAUACAUCAACAAAAGAAAAUACAACUUCCAAAGGGUGAGUCACCUAAUUGAGAACAACUCUAUAGAGGAACCUACUUAAGAAAAAUUGGUGUGCAAUUAAUCAAAUCUAAGAGGCGGGGCUAUGUUUCGUAUGGUGAUCGUUGUCUCUCCGCAGUUUGUUCCUGUUCGUGUGAGUUUUAUUGACCGGUUUCAUAACAGACUUGUUCAUGUAUUGCACUCGACAAGUCAUUUCAUUAAGUGCUACAUUUUUUGUAGGGUGAUUUGUUUCUUGAUAACGUUUAGCUUGUCCAUAAUAUGUUUUUUUUUCAUGAUAACCCGAACGAUCUAAUGGAAAUAAUCAAAUAAAAAAUAUUUAUAAUCAUGAAUAUCAUGUUAGAAAAAUGAGGGGUUGGAGUGUGAACUAAUGCAUCCAUUAUCAUUGUACAAUGAAGCUAAUUUGGGCUCCACGCGUUUUUAUUUUUGUCACAUUCUCCAGCUUUUGCUCUUUUCAAGUUUGAUUAAAGGUCAUCUUGAUGAAUGAUUCAGCAUAAUGAAAAAGCACGAUAAUGAAAUGACUAUGAAAUC